AUGAAAAAGAUUCUACCAACUAAGAUAAUAUGUACAUUGGGGCCAGCCAGCAGCACAGAAGAGAAAAUUCGGCAGAUGUUUGAUGAGGGAAUGGCAAUUGCAAGAAUAAACUUAAGCCAUGCUACAGGAGAAGGAAAUUCUUCACUAAUUGAGACAAUAAAUAAAAUCAGAAAAGAACCAAAAUAUUCCUCAUUAAGUAUUGCCAUGGACACAAAAGGCCCAGAAAUUAGACUGGGUGAAAUGGAAGAAGCAGAAGUAAAUAUUGCAGUGGGAGACACUGUAAUUCUCACAACAGACACAAAAUAUGCUAAGUGCUGCACUAAAGACAGAAUGUAUAUAGAUCACAGAAACAUAUACAAUGACUUAACUGAGGAUACAAAAUGUAUUUUUAUUGACGAUGGAAAAAUAGAACUGGAAAUAGUGGAUAUAUCCAAGGAGAAGGAAAUUAUAAGCACAAAAGCAAAAAGCACAGGAGUUGUUUCAUCUAAAAAGGGAGUAAACAUUCCAGGGAUAAAGCUGACUCUUCCGAAUCUAACAGAAAAUGACAUAAAAUCAAUCCAGUAUGGCAUUAAAAAUGGGAUUGAUUUAAUAUUUGCAUCAUUUAUUCAGAGUGCUAAGGAUAUACGUGACAUAAAAAAAAUUCUUAAUGGAAAUACAGAAAUUAAAAUAAUUGCUAAAAUAGAAAGCACUCAAGGAUUAGCAAACAUAGCAGAAAUAAUUGACGAGUCAGAUGGAAUAAUGAUUGCUCGUGGUGAUCUGGGGAUAGAAACAGAUUAUUCAAAUCUCUUCUACGCGCAGUGUAAGAUAUCACAUGAGUGCAGAAUAAAGAACAAGCCAUUUAUAGUUGCCACAGAAAUACUAGAGAGUAUGAAAAAAUCACUAAAGCCAACUCGUGCAGAAGUAACAGACUUGUCUUUUGCAGUAAUUUCUGGCGCAGCGUGUGUUAUGCUCAGUGGAGAAAGUGCAGUUGGUGUUGAUCCAGUAAACACAGUUCGUGUAAUGCACCAAAUAAUAGAACGAAGUAGUGAGGCAGCUAUAUUCACUGACGUCUUUAAUGAUUGCUUGGUGCUGCGCAAUAACACUAUAAAGGUGUCUAUUACUAAUUCCAAUGCGAUUCUCAGAGAGAAAAAUAUCUUGUUUGGCUGGUCAGCUAUUGACUCUAAUAUAAGCACAGAUGACAUUAGCGUACCAAAUGGGUAUUUAAUUGAAAAAAUAACAGAGGAUGAGUAAAUACAGGAUUCUACUACAGAAAGGGAAAUCAGAAAAAUCUAUUUUAGUAAUAAAAGGC